AUGACACUUCUUCUAUUGGUCGUGUUGUUGGUUCAGGUCAUCUUUUCCACAACGACCCAUCCACACCAUCGCUCACCAACCCAUUCUGCCUCCUCCUCAACGACGCUGAAUACUCGAAUUCUUUCCCAAAGACGACACAAUUCCAAUCAUCAUAAUAUCCAUCUUGUUCAUCCAAUUAAUGAUGAGGAAGAUGAUGAUUUUAUGGAUCUACUCUCUGAUUUCUCUAAUUAUAAGGAUGCAUAUUCCAAGAUUGAAAAAGUACUUUCUAUUCACAACAAGCAUUACAGCAAUGAUCAAUUGACUUUAUUGAAUCGUCAAAGGAGUAGUACUAGUACUGGUAGUAAUAGUGGUGGUGGUGGUGGUCAAAGUGCAACAAAUCAUUAUAACACUCCUCCUCAACAACAACAAACCUCUGAACCACCUCUCUUCACCACUUUGGAAGAAGAAUCCGAUCAUGAUGCUACUACUACGAUUACAACUUCUUUUGAAAUUCCACAACAAUUUAUUCUCAAAUUCAAAGAAUCUGUGAAAUUGACUGAAAAGUUGAAACAAGAAUUUGAAAAGAGUACUUCCAUUCAAUUACUUCAAUACAUUCCAGAUCAUAGUUAUUUAAUCCAUGUCACACCUUCUCAAUUGAAUUCAUUAUUGAUACCCUCUCAACAACAAUCAAAACCACAACAAAUACUCUCAAAGAGUUCACCCAUUAUGGUUUCUCCAAAUCAUCAAAAUGUUCAACAAUUAGAUGUCUCUAAUAUCAUUUCAAAGAUCAUUCCACUCUCUCCAUCAUUGAAAAUUAAUCCAACUUUGAAACAUGAAAUGGAAAAUGAAAGAAUCAUUACCACACGAUGUAGUUCUUCUGGUAGGACUACUCCUUCUUCUUCUUAUGGUAAUGCUGGUAGUGGUGGCAGUAGUAGUACUGUUUCUGGUGGCACAUUGAUUCACAUUGCCUCUUCUCUUGUACCAAAUCCAUUCUUGACCUCUCAAGACAUUCGUGACAUUGCUCAACAAAUUCGACAAGUCUGUGAAAGACAAUAUCACAUGAAUGUUCGAUUUGUGAGAUUAAUAUCCAAUCGUAAAAUCAUGUUGAGUGUACAAUUGUGUUCUCGUUCUGAAUUGAAUACUUUGAUUGAUGUCUUGUCUCAUCAUCCAGCUGUGAAUUGGAUUGAAAGAUUUGAUAUGGAACGUGAUGGAUUCAUGCCAGAGAAUUAUCAUGCUCGUUUAUUAAUUCAAGGUGGUAAGAAAUGGAUGAAGAGAGGUGGUAGUAGUAGUCCAAGUGAUCUAGUUACAAUGACUCGUCCGAUUGGUGAUACUUCUCCUACUGCUCAUCGUCCAUCAUCAUCUUCAUCAUCAUUACUUGGUCCAUUCGAAGCUGUGGGAUUGACUGGAAAGAAUCAAACGGUGGCCAUCUCGGAUUCAGGUCUCGAUUUUGAUCAUUGUUUCUUUUAUGAUCCUCAGGUUCAAGUGCCAAUCCUUCACUCGAGUCAGACCAUCAUCAUCGGCACGACUAAUAAGCAACAAGAACAAGAUUCUUCUCUGACAGCUACUACUACGACUACGACUGGCAACCACCCUAACCGCCACAACCACGACUUGGAUGUUCUGAUUCAAAAAUUACAAUCUACGACCGUUACAACGACAACAACCACUUCUCAACAAAAAGAACACCGCAAAAUCAAAGCCUAUGUUGCCUUUAUGGAUUCUAAAGAUGGUGGUCAUGGCCAUGGCUCUCAUACUUCAGGAAUUCUCACUGGACAAUGUCUCUAUCCAAAGAGUACCAUUUGUAGACACAAUGGACUUGCACAAGAUGCUAAACUUGUCUUUUUUGAUGUUGGUUGUGAUUUAGAUGGUGGAUGUUCGUGUGAUUCUUUCGAUGCAUGUCCAUGUUACAUGUAUCCAGAUUCUAAAUGUCCAGGUGGAAACAAAUUGGUGACUCCCAUUGAUUUGUACAGUGGUCUGUUUGAACCUCAAUAUGCAUUGGGUGCUCGAAUUUCUUCCAAUUCUUUAGGUGGUGCCAUUGUAUAUGGUUACACACAAAUUACAGCAGAAAUUGAUAAAUUCCAAUACGAUCAUGAUGAUUUUCUAGUGGUAUGGAGUGCAGGUAAUUCAGGACAUAAAGGAUACAUGACCUUAACGGGACCAACCAAACAAGCUAAGAAUUCUCUCAUUGUUGGAGCUUCUACCAACUCGAUCGAGUCAUGGAAAGAGGCAUUGCAGUUAAGAAAUUACACAGAGAGAGCACUCUUUUGA